GAGAAUAAUCUAGUUAUGCUUGUCAGUGUCUCGGGGUUUGGUUUUGGCCGGUUCUUUUGUGAGGAGAAGUAAUACGGUACCCCUUCCUGGCUUCUAAGAUUGCGUCUUGUUUAUAUCUGCCUGAAACAGCUGCUGGAUAUGGAUAUUCACAUCGUACGGGUUGUUUUCAAGGCGGUCAGGCAGAGAUGGCGAGAAGACCGGGCCAGCGGUGACAGCACCGAAGGAAGGGCCGCUCUUGACUGCAGUCCCACACACGUCCCACUCUAUCUUUCCCUUUUCCGCCUCAGCCGUCGUCAUCUUCGUCGUAGAAUAGGCAGAGUAGCUAGGGAGAAGGGUAGAGUGAGGGGGAAAGAGAGAAGAUUUUCAUUCAACUUUCCUUUCUUAAGUUCCUCACCAGUUGCGGCUGCAACAGUAGGCUACAGUGAGAAAGCAAACAAUCCAGAGAGGAGAGGGGAUACUAAUUUUAUCAUCUUGACUGGUCGGUUGAUUCUUUGGUUCAUUUAUUUUGCCUUCUUUGCUCACCGUCGGAUAUAUACGCUGGUUUGGCAGAAAAAUUUUAACCGCAAGAAAGUUGAUGUUGCGAUGAGAUGUGCGGCAUGAGAGUUGGCGCGAAGUUAGUGGCGGUACGGGUUUGAUGUGGAGACUUUCUCAGAGGCACCUUGUAGGAACACAUGGUUUUUUUUUUUUUUUUUUCUUUUCUUUUUCUUUCCGAUGUGCAUUUGUCGGCAUUCUCUCCCGCUCGCGAGUGUUGAUUUUCGCUAUUCUCAUGAAGUAAUCGAGGUAGUGUGAGAGCCAAGUAGUGUAGCGAGUUGGCUUCCGUUCUGUCUGUGCUGUGAUAAAUCGUGUAGGGGAACCGCAUCUAGGAGCACACUGAGGCUUAAUAAGGGGACGCGGCAGCUGCUUGGCUUGAAUCGUCAGUCUCGAACUUCUUUUUAACUUUUCUCCUGCAUUGUUAGGAUAAACCGUGAUAAGCCAUCCAACAUUUGCUUCGUUUUCACAUGCAGGUGUAGGGAUUGUUGGAGACAACGCUCCAGUUUAGAGCCUGAUGACUGACAGUAGGAGAUUGUUUUGCACAUUUUCAAUGACUAUCUAGUUUUCUCUCUUGUGCGUCUUGAUUCUCCGUGCGCGAGGGAUAAGUCUUCGGACUUGUCCAGCAUAACACCCGCCGAACACAGGACACACAUUUUUAAUUGAGUUUUAGUAAUGCGCUUAAUAUUCUUACGCGCAGACUCAGGUCUUUUACAGGAAUGCCAAAAUUCCUAUGCAGCGAUUAAAGUCGCUCGAAGAUUUUUCUAAGAUGACCGCACCUCCGAAGAUCUCCCCACCAGGAGAGAGGUCAAUUGUGACGGGAGGUGCGGGGCCAUCGUCAUCCGGACCGUCAGCUGGUGCAAAUGCUGCCUGCGCAGCAUGCAAGUAUCAGCGUCGCAAAUGUGCAACGGACUGUCCAUUAGCUCCCUAUUUUCCUCCAGAUCAACCGAAGAGAUUUCUUAAUGUGCACAGACUGUUUGGUGUGAGUAGUAUUCUGCGUAUACUGCGACAGGUGGAUCCAGAAAAACGUGAGGACACGGUGAAAUCAAUUGUGUAUGAGGCUGAUACUCGAGAGAAAGAUCCAGUGCAUGGGUGUCUAGGGGUUAUCCGCUUGCUUCAGAACCAGGUCAACAAGCUCAAAGAUGAGGUUGUAGUAGCGCGGGAGCAAUUGUACUUGAUGGAACAGCAACACACUUCUUCCAUUUUACAGCAGAACUAUGGACACCAGCAUGCAGGGGGCCAGGCAGAUUACCAUCAUUACCAUUUACAACCGCAGUAUCGUGCGAGUACAUCACAUCAGGGUGGGAGUUUUCAUGAUCCUGCUCAUGGACAAAAUCUGACUUACCAGGACAGUAGAUCAUCACAUGGUGCAUAUUCUGAUCACGCGAGGUAUCUGGUUGAUUCUGAUUCAGAUUUGCAUGGAAACAGUAUGCUCGGCCAACAAAUAAUAAAGGACUUCAAUAACGCACUGCAACAACUCCGACCCUCUGUUUUUCCUAACGACCUGGGGAUACUUGACGACUGGAGCCGCACAUUCGGCGGUCUGGCCCUCCAGUCAGUCCAUCAGUUGGUCCAGAAUUUUCGAAUGAUCCAAUGCAGCUCCAAUUCGUUUGUAAGCAAGUUCUUUGAUUAGUCGUAUCAAACUAAAGAAUGCGGCAGUUGAGCAAAAGUGUUGGCAUGUCACAUACCAGUGCUGACACGUAGGAGCAAAUGAAGGGCACAUCUCAUUAACUGAAUGAGGGUUUUUUUUUUGAAACCUGCGCAAAGAAUGCUGAUGUGUAUGUUGAUCAAUUUCAGACCCAAUGCACAUCGCACACUUGAGCUUUGUCUUUAGACCAGAAUCCAUUCCCAACAGUUACCAGAUGUGCCGCAUCCCUCGGAUGGAGUUGGAGCGGAGGGAGGUGAAGUCCGCGGCUGAGGAAUUAGCGUGUUAGACCUAGUAAGCUGGGACCCAAUCAAGAAAAAGCGUUGGUCAUGGAGAAUACUUGGCUGUUAAUGUGCACUGCAACCUAAACCGAAGAAUCAUUGCCUUGCGUACAUCCAACCCAGUUUUUUCACUCAAUCACAACAUUAACAUACUCGUCACUCCUAGUCACCAAUUUGUAGAAGUUCAGCAAGAGAAAAAAAUAGGAGGAGGAGGGGGGUUGUGUUUACGCUCAGUGGAUGCCAGAUGGCGCACUCCAUCGGUCAAGCAUGAAGGAGCGUGUACAAAAGAGCCGCCGGCGUUUACAAGCGCAGUCACGGCCACAGUAAAACUUCAGCAGAGAGGAGAUUCAUCAGCAUCCUGCGGAUUUUUAAGAAUAGACAAUCCCAUAUUUGAGCGUCUACUCAAGAAAGAGGAUUGCAUUUUCACCGACCCAAUUGCAUGCCCUUGUACUCUUCCUUGUCUGAAAUCCCACCCAUCUUAAAUUGCAGCGUGCAGGUGCAUCGUUGCUUUCAAGGCAAUCGGUGAGAAAGAGAAAGGAUAAUGGCGGUGUCCAUGGCUGUUGUGGACUCAGUCAAGCAUCUGCCAUCGCAGUCCUCGCCCAUCUCGAGACCACCAAAAAUGGAUAAAUUAACACGUGAACUUUCUAUUCGCGUUUCGAAAUCUGACAUUGAUCACUGACAUCCAAACAUACGCAUUAGAAUUUCAAUGAUGUAGAAUAUUACGAUCACAAUGUCUACAUUCUUUGCUUGAGAGAGUCAGCUGUGCAAGCUGUGCAUUUCUUUUCCUUGUUAUUAUUUUCAAUCUUUUUGUUAUUAUUAUUGUUGAAGUAUAUAUAUAUAUAUAUGAAGUUUUUUUUUUUUUUUUUUUUUUUUUUUUUGCAAAAGACAAAAAGUACGACGGGAGAGCAAUGGCUCCGCGUUUUCCGGGUAGGUGAAUCAAGGCAAGAAACUAUGACGAUUGAAGGUUGUAAUCCAGACGGCUAGCCGCAAUCGUUUAGCUCUUGUGUGCGCGAUUGACUCAUCAACUACUCAGUUUCAGUUUCUUGUUGCGCUAGAGUUUGUUCAAGGGUUGUCUUCGUUGGUUGCUCGGCUGGAAACCGCGACAACACUUAGCACUAGACAAGGAACUUAGGGUUAAAUUAGGAUUUUAAAUGGCCCACUCGUACGCACAUGCUGUUCGUUCCGUCACACUGCAUGCCCCCUCUGGAUGCGGAUAGGGACACCACCAACGCAAUUCGGAGACAAUGUGAGGGUUUAACACUUAAUCCUACCAAACCGCAACUAGAGGAGACUCUGCCAGAAGGAUUCACGAGAAACUAUGCGGGAUUUCUCAUUAAAAGCGCGAGGAAACGUAUUCACGUGUCGAAAGAAAUCGUAGCAACAGAAGAGGAGUUUCUGGAGGACUACAUUGUUGUAGCCAGCUUUCUUGGCGGUAAGCUAACUCCCCUGGCCUUUGCUGCUUGGUUGGCCAAUCUCUACUCUCAUCUUGGCAGUGGAUUAGUCGUGGCAAGUGACAACACAAGGCGUGGCUUUUUUUGCCUGAAAGCCUCCAGCAAAGAGGUGGCGCGGCAAUUACUCGCCCUCACCCCAUACAAAUCGGAGGAGAUAAUGUGCAUAUUCCAAAUGUGGUCACUGGAUUUCGACCCGAGCACGAGGAAAGGUAUGUGAAUUCCGACAUAGUUAAACCCUGAAGCGCUUACCGUGGCAGUUUUAUGGCGUGGCUAACGAAAUUGAGGCAAGUAUAGAGAAGGUACUAGCUUCGGAUGCAAAUACUGAUAUCUUUUCAUAGCCCCGUUUCUACAUAGCCCCGUUCCUACAUUGCCUUAGAUACUAGUUUGGGAUGGGAUACAGAACUGGAAAUCGCAUUCAAGCAUUAAGGCAAAUCUAUUUGGGCACAAUGUGGACAAUAGUCAACAGAAGCAGUCCCAGGUUAUAAUGUGGAUGGUUCAGAAGGCCCAGGCAGAGGGGAUAUGUGCACACGUAUGAGCAAUAAAUUCACCUCUCAGGUUAUCAA